AUGGCGGACAAAGAAGAUAAACGUGCUAACAAUCAAAUGCGACAACUUCGCAUCCAGAAACUCUGCCUAAACAUUUGUGUAGGUGAAUCUGGUGAUAGACUGACCCGUGCCGCCAAGGUGCUGGAACAACUUACAGGACAACAACCUGUUUUCUCUAAAGCCAGAUACACUGUCCGAUCCUUUGGUAUCAGGAGAAAUGAAAAGAUUGCUGUCCACUGCACUGUUCGUGGGGCCAAGGCAGAAGAGAUCCUUGAGAGGGGUUUGAAAGUCAGAGAGUAUGAAUUGAGAAAAGCCAAUUUCUCGGAGACUGGAAAUUUUGGAUUUGGAAUUCAGGAACACAUCGAUUUGGGGAUCAAGUAUGACCCCAAUAUUGGUAUUUAUGGGAUGGAUUUCUAUAUUGUCCUUGGUCGUCCAGGUUACAAUGUGAGUCUCCGGCGACGGAGAAAAAGUAAAAUUGGCAUCAAACACAAAGUCACAAAAGAAGAAGCCAUGAAAUGGUUUCAACAGAAGUUUGAUGGUAUUAUCCUUCCUGGAAAGUAA